UCUAGACGGCGAAAACUUCGGGAAAUCCUGUUACGAGAACAGGUGGGUCUGGUUCGCGAGGUAAUGGACCAGGCCCAACACGGCGACGACGCGAGGAUGGAGGAGAUGCGACAGCGGACGGAGGAGCUGCAGAGGCAGCAGGAGGCGCAGCGUCUGGCCUUGGUAGCAGCGAAGAAGACGCAGCAGUACCUGUCCCAGUGUCCGGACAUUCGGGAGAGGGUCGUGAAGCAGUACACAGUCGAGGUAAAGGAAGGGAAUCUUAUUCAAAUGGCGGAGAACGAGGCUAAGAGGCAAGCGGACGAAGAAGUAGAGAGACUGUGGCAUAAUCUGAUGUUGAAAGACGUCGAGGCGAAGAAAGAGAGAGAAGUAGAGGAGGCGAAGAAGAGGAGUCUACAGGAUCGAGACAUGGUGACGACUCUGGAGAAGCAGAUAGCUGGGAGACUGUUGCUGGAGGAGCAGAAGAAGCAAGUUCAGAAGGAAGACAAGGAGUACGUGGAGUGUCUGAUAGAAGAAAUGCGCAAGGACGAGGUACAGAGGGCGGAGAACAUUCGUAUAAAGAGGCAGGUCCUGAAGAGGGAUCUCCAGGAGCAGGUGUUGAACGCGAAGAGACGGCUGGCUGAACAAGCUUGCCGCGAACGGGAGAUCGACCGUUUGAGGGACAAUCUGGUCGCGGAUGAAAUUGCCAAGGAACGGAGAAAGAUGAAGGAAUCGAGCACGGUGCUGCGCAACGAGCUACUGGCCUACCUGAGGUACCUGGAGGAUCUCCGAAAGGAGGAAGCCAGAAGGAACCUCGCGGUGGACCGCAUUGUGGAGGAGUCGAUGAAGAAGGCUAACGCCAGGCGCGAUCUCGCGGUGAAGCGGUUCAAGGAGGCCAGGCAGAGAGGCCUUCAGGAGGUUCUUCGAAGUCGCGAGGAACAAAUGAGGCUGAAGUGCCAGAUGGACAGAGAAGAGGAGGAGAGACGUAGGUUAGAGAAGGAGGAGGUGGAGAAGGAGAUCGAAAUGGAAGCCAAGCUGGCCGCUCGAGCGAAGGAGGAGGCCAAGGACAGGAAACUGAGGUACAAACAGUAUCUGGAGGAGCAACAGAAGCACGCGGACGAGGCACGUCGCCGUGAAACCGAGGAGGAGGAGAGGUGGCACCAGGAAGAGGUGAAACGUCGGGAGGAGUCCCUGAAACUCACCAACGAGCUGCUGAUGGCUUCCGAGAACAUCAUCCCCCAUCCGUUCAAGGCGUUGUUGAAGCAAUGCAUAGCCCGAUACGAAGCGGAGAAGAAUAAUCAGUGCGACUGCCUAUAUCCUUUAUCCUUGGAGUAA